AUGUUAUUUUUCCUUCAGAUAGAACCAUUAUUAGCAGUACAGAAACUCAAUGCCAAGUUAGAUGAAUUAAGUCAUUUAACAAAACAAGAAUAUGGAACAGAACGUCCGGUAACAAUUCUGAGAUAUUUUGACAAUUUGUAUGUACAAUUUCGGCAAUCUCACCGGAUAAUUAAUGAUGUAUUAGUUAAAAGAAAAUAUGCCGCUUUGUGUCAACCACUAUUGAAACAUUGCUCGAAUAAUGUAUUUCAAACAGAAACUGUUUGGCAUACCACGUACUAUAUUCUUCAUUCGUUAUGGAACUAUACCGAAGGAUCUCCAGCUCUGUGUCUAGCUGUUGUGGAAGCUGAUUUUUUACCUCUUCUUGUGCAUAAUCUUAGUAAAGAGCAAUUUAUCAGCAAUAUGAAAACAAGCCAGGCUGUUCUUACGUUAUUCAACUGCUGUAUUAGUAUACUGCAUAAUUUAGCACAAAUUCCAGAACUUAAAUCGAAUUUACAAAAACAAAAUUGUAUUGAGACGUUGAAAAAACUGACAUUGGACACUUCCCAUGAUUUUGUUAGAGCAUUGGCAUAUUUAACGCUAUCUUACAUAAUCACCGAAGAUGAAAGAUCAUAUUUAGAAAGUGCCGAACAAGCAAUAAUCUUCGUACUUCAUGCUCUGCGUGAAGCAAUAGUCACAAAAGAUCGACGCUAUAGUGGUAUGAGACCAUUUGAAUUGUGUAAUGGUUUAUCGAAACUAGCCGUAUGUGACAAGAAUAAGCCAAAAAUUUACUCUGAUUCCAUAUUGUUAUGUAUAAUGAAUAUGUUAAAACAGCAAAAUUUUGAAGAACAAUGUUCAGCGAGUACAUUAGUAUGGAGUUUAUGUUUUGAUGAAUCAAUACGGCUCAAGUGUUAUGAUAAUAAAGAAUUAAAAGAAUUAUUAUGCACAAUUAAUGAAACAACAUCCAGUGAUGAAUUAAGACGUGUUGUUAGUGGUUGUCUAUGGACAAUUAUGGGCAACAUAACAAAGAAAAAAGCAUCUCUACCAGCACCCGCUUCUCAAAAACACGUUAUGAUUAGUUAUAAUCAUGAUGCUAAAAUAUUAUCACAAAAAAUCAAAGAACAAUUAAUUCGUGAUGGAUUUUUAGUUUGGAUUGAUUUUGAAAAUAUGCAUGUAAAUUUAUUAGAUGCAAUGGCACAAGCGAUUGAGCAAGCAACUGUUAUUAUUAUGUGUAUUACAGAAAAAUAUAAAGAUAGCCCAAGUUGCCGUUUGGAAGCUGAAUAUGCUAUACAAAAGAAUAAAAAAAUUGUUCCACUAAUAGCACAACCCAAUUGGAAGCCAACGGGAUGGUUAGGAAUUAUUUUGGGUACGAAAAUGUACGUGAAUUUUGCUAAAAAAACUUUUGAUAUUGCGUACAAAGAAAUGUUGUUGGAGGUAAAAGCACAUAUCGCCACUGAUGAUGAAGAACAAAAAAGACGACCUUCAAUUAAAUCUUUCCCUAUUGAAUCACCUGUUAAACAACUAAAUGUUCCUGUACCUCCUUCUACUAGUACCGUCGAAAAAUUGGCCCAAAACUUUCUAAAUAUUACAUUAGAUAAAGGAUCAACUACAACACAAGUAUCAUCUUCCAGUUGGAAACAGUGGAAAGCAAAUGAUGUUUCGGCAAAAUUGAAUGAAAUCGGUUUAGAACGGUAUCAGACAAUAUUUGCAGAUAUUGACGGUCCAAAACUGAGUAAAUUGGCGGAAAUCAGAUCAAAAGCACCUGGAUUUUAUUACACAUUGUUAAAAGAAAAAUGUGAUACAUUAGUCCAUUCAAGAGCAUCGACACCCUCAUAUAGUUUCGGUGGUUCGCCAUCAGCAUCUCAACGACAUACGUCGACGUUAUCUCAUUUUUUGACAUUAACAGUUGGUCUCGAUAAUCUAUUAGAUCGUUUGAUGACGUCAGAUUAA